AUGCCCUGCAGCCAUCGCCCAUCGCCCGCCGUCCGCGCCGUCGCCCGCCCGCGCCGUCUCCCCGCCGUCGCCCGCGCGCCGCCGCCCGCCACGCCGCCUCUGCUCCUCUUCCUCCUCCGCGCCGUCGCCCGCCGCCCGCCAGCGCCGUCGCCGACGUCCUCGGCCGUCGCCCGCGCGCCGUCGCGCGCGCGCCGCUGCUCGCCUCGCCACGCCGCCUGCUCCUCUUCCUCCUCCGCGCCGCCGCCGCCGGCCCCACUACUCCGCUCGCCCGCCCGCCUCUCUGCGCCGCCGCCGCUGCCGCGGCCGUCGCCUCCUCUUGCCGCGCCGCCCUCCGCCGCGCGCACCAAGUUUGCAUACGAUGCCGCGCCCUCCGCGUCCUAG